CCGCCUCCUGAGCAGGGCGGGAGAUUUGGUGUGCCGCAGGGAAGCUUCCCAUCCCCCCUUCUGGCUCCCGGAGCUCUCCUGGUCGACCUUGCGACCCUGCGGUUCUGCUCCUGCACUGCCUACAAGAAUUUGGCAUUCUUGCUAGGGCUGAAGCCUUCUUCCCAGCGGCGACCAUUCAGCCGGGUAGCGUCCGGCUGGCACGAGGCGGCCGCAGCCGCUCCUGGUGGAGGACCUGGCGGUUCGUGGUGGGGCGGCGGGACAGCCUGCCUCCCUCUCCUGCUUUGCCCGGGGCUUCUGAGGUGACUCUACUUGAAUUUUCCAGCUGAAGAAUAUGUAGUACCUUUAAAGGUUAGCAAUGACGAGCACGCUGGAAUUAAAGGAAGACAAGAUGCUGAAAGUUCAAUUUGUGGGAGAUGAUGAUGUUCUUAAUCACAUUCUUGAUAGAGAAGGAGGACCUAAAAUAAAAAAGGAUCGAGCCCAGCUUUUGGUCAACACACAAAAAAUAAUAAAGAAGCCAGAAAAUGAGUUGGAGGAAGAUGACCAGGAAGUUUUAAAAGAUCAGAACUAUGUUGAAGUUUUAGGACAAGAUGUUCAAGAAUCCUUGAAAAAUGGCUCUGCUACAGAUGGUGGGAAUAAAGUUUAUCCUUUUCAAAAUAGAAAACACCCUGAAAAGAUGGCUAAAUUAGCUUCCGAACUAGCGAAAACACCAGGAAAAAGUGUUUCGCUCAAUAAGAAUGAUCCUGAAAUUACAAUAGACAUUCCUCAGUGUAGCAAGGGGCAUUCUGCUUCAGACAAAUCUCAGUUGAAGAACAAUGAUAAAAGUGAAUUUCUGUCAACAGCACCUCGUGGGCUAAGGAAGAGAUUAAUAGUUCCACGGUCUCAUUCUGACAGUGAAAGUGAAUAUUCAGCUUCCAACUCAGAGGAUGAUGAAGGGGUCGCACAGGAAUAUGAAGAGGACACUAAUGAAGACAUAUUGAGCCAAAAGAUUCAAGCUCAGAAUAGAGUAGUUUCAGCUCCUGUUUGCAGAGGAACCCCUUCUAAGAAAAUGAAGAGAAAGAAAACAAGUCACUUAGUAGAAGAAUAUUUUGAAGCCCACAGCAGUUCUAAAGUUUUAACCUCUGAUAGGACACUGCAGAAACUAAAGAGGGCUAAAUUGGAUCAGCAAACUUUGCACAACUUACUGAGCAAGGUUUCUCCUUCCUUUUCUGCUGAACUUAAACAACUAAAUCAACAGCAUGAACAGUUAUUUCAUAAAUGGAUGUUGCAGUUACACCUGGGGUUCAACAUUGUGCUUUAUGGUUUGGGUUCUAAGAGAAAUUUACUAGAAAGAUUUCGAACCACCAUGCUGCAGGAUUGCAUACAUAUUGUCAUCAAUGGCUUCUUUCCUGGAAUCAGUGUGAAAUCAAUCCUGAAUUCUGUAACAGAAGUCCUUGAUCAUAUGGGUACUUUCCGCAGUGUGCUGGAUCAGCUAGAGUGGAUAACAAAUAAAUUUAAAGAAGAUUCUUCUUUAGAACUCUUUCUGCUUAUUCACAACUUGGAUAGCCAAAUGUUGAGAGGAGACAAAAGCCAGCAAAUUAUUGGACAAUUAUCAUCUUUACGUAAUAUAUACCUUAUAGCAUCUAUUGAUCAUCUCAAUGCUCCUCUCAUGUGGGAUCAUGCAAAGCAGAGUCUUUAUAACUGGCUCUGGUAUGAAACUACUACAUACAGUCAUUAUACUGAAGAAACCUCCUAUGAGAAUUCUCUUCUGGUUAAACAGUCUGGAUCACUACCACUUAGCUCCCUAAUUCAUGUCUUACGAAGCCUUACCCCGAAUGCAAGGGGAAUUUUCCGGCUACUAAUAAAGUAUCAGCUGGAUAACCAGGAUAACCCUUCUUACACUGGACUUUGUUUUCAAGACUUUUACCAGCAGUGUCGGGAGGCAUUCCUUGUCAAUAGUGAUCUGACACUUCGGGCCCAGUUAACUGAAUUUAGGGACCACAAGCUUAUAAGAACAAAGAAGGGAACUGAUGGAGUGGAAUAUUUAUUAAUUCCUGUUGACAAUGGAAUACUGACUGAUUUCCUGGAAAAGGAAGAAGAGGAGUUGUAAAGCACUCCUGUACUCUUGGAAUCUUCUGUGGAAGAGUUAUACCCCAGCUGCCACUCCUCUAAAGCGUUGUGUUUACAUCCAACAUUAGACUCAUCAGUGUACCGAUCUUAAAUGGGGAGGGGUAAUGUCAUCACCUAGAACCGGGAUUAGCCUGGCUGGUGUACCAUCCGAGUACUAUGCAGCAGUCCUCAAAUUGGAGAAAACGUGCCUUUCAUUCAUUACCUCUCUGGAGACUUCUUGCUGAAGGAACAGUGUGCUCAGGGAACUGUGGAACUGGAUGUUUUUGAAUUCUUUUAUACCAGAGAUGAUGCUCCUAAUUUUUUUGAGGGCCUUUUAUCACUGUAUUUGCAAAUGUGCUUGUUCCAGAGUGUGAAAGUUACCAACAGUGGCAUAAAGUAAAUGCUUUAUUUGCUAUUCUGCGUGUCAGAACUGAAGCGUAUAAUGGAGUAGGCAGAUCAUCCUUUUACUGUUUCUGAAAUGGCUUAAUAAAAGGUAUAGGACUGGGGGAAAGUAGGUGAUUUUCAGCUUUCUCCUUUUGGAUUUAGGCUACAUGCUGAUAGAGGAAGGAGCAUGAUGCUAUUCGGUUGGGAAAGUGGGAAAAACGUAAUAAGUGUAUAGGGUGUACGCCCAUCCCAGAAAGCACAUGAACAAUAACAGAUCAUGCUCCUCGAGAUAGCUAAUGCUAAGGCCAUCACAUUCACGAUAUGAGUGAGAAGCCAGGCUAGAGAAACACAAUCCUGAAAUUAUAUUUUAGUCAUUUUUUUCCAAGGCAACAGAAAAAUUUAAUUCUUGUAUAUCAAUGCAUUUUUUUCUUUUCUUGAAUAACAUGCAGAUGAAUAGCUUAUUAAUGGCUGGCUUUAAGUUGAUUUCUCUAUCAAGUAGGCCCACCUAAAACUCACUGUAAGACAUUUCAAUUUUUUCUUAAAGUCACAAUUUCAAGCCUCCUAAAUAUACAACCCUUUUUUCUUAGGAAAGAAAAUAAGGCUAACCUUGACCACUGGAGUCAGCAGAUAGUCUUUAUAUACUCCCUGAAAUGUUUCAUACUUGGAAGUUAAAUUCUCUGUCACUGUAAUAUACUGCAUCGGCAUUUCACUGAUUUCUUAUCUUGUAAACCCCUUUUAUGAAAAUAUUUCCCAAAAUGCUCAGAAUUUUUUUAAUAAUUCGUGUCAUAUAAUGAAGUAAUUUUAUAUUAAAUCCAUGUAUAAGGGGGGUUAGUCUUAACCAUAAUUAUUGAUCAAUACUUAAACAAAUUUGUACAUGAAUAGGAUUCAAAAAUGUUUUAAUUGUACCAAAGGAUAUUCAGUAAAAAGUGAGUUUCCUUACCAUUCCCCAAUCCAGUCCCUUAGGCAGCCAUUGAGAGCAUUUUAAGCAUUCUUCCAGAGGUAUUCUCUGCACAUCUAAGGGUAAUUGUCUACAUUUCUCCUUUUAAAAACACAAAUGAUGGCAUAUGAUACUUGCUGGUUUGCACCUUUUUUUUCUUUUUGCUUAAUAUAUUUAGUUUAUAAUGACCUACAAUAUUAAGAAAGUAUACAAAAUCUUUAAUGACCUACUGUGAAACUGCAUUUGCCCUUAAAGUUAUCUACUGGUUUAUUUUUAUAUUUUUUGUGUCUAUACUGUUUGCAAGCAAUAUGUGUGAAUAGUCUACUAGUAAUAAAGCAAUUUGGAUAGAA